CAUUCCAUCCUCAAGUUCCAAACAGAGCCUUAAAACGAGAAAGUGAAAAAAGCUUCACCAGUGGAGUUCUCCCUCUCUCUCGCGCCAACCUAUAAUGAAGCCUCACUCUGUCUCCAGAUUCCAGUCCGACGUUUCGGUAACUUUAAACAAACGCACCACCCUCUCUCUCUCUCUCCUCUCUCUCUAGUCAAUGUCAAUAUACGGCCUAUCCUUCGUUGACAAGCAGCUCUCUCGAAAAACCUCAAUACUUGGACUCCGCCUGUGGAUUCUCAUCUCAAUCAUCGCCGGAUCAGUCAUCCUCCUCACCCUACUCCUCUCCUGCCUCUGCUUCUCCUCUUGCCGCCGCCGUCGCCGCCGCAAUUCCACCAAUCUCCUCCACCGCCGCAAAUCCACCAAGCUCUUCCCCCGCCUCAAGUCCCCCGAACACCCCCAGAACCACGUGUCCGUCACGCCGGUCGUACCACAAGAGAUCGCGCCCGAAGUCGCCGCACCGAAGCGCGGCCCGGAGUCGCAGAUCAAGGCCGAGAAGAAGACGGAGCUCAGGGUUUUAGUGGACUCCGAUCGGACGCCAUCGAAUACCGCGUCUGUUGGCCGCAGAGGACCACCGCCACCGCCACAGCCGCCGCCGGGGGUUCCGCAUCUAGGUUGGUUGCAGCGGUACACGUUGAGGGAGAUUGAGGUGGCUACAAAGGGAUUGUCUGGUGGAAAUGUGAUCGGUGAAGGGGGUCAUGGUAUUGUUUAUCGCGGUGUAUUGGAAGAUGAUACUAUUGUGGCUGUGAAGAAUUUGUCCAAUAACAGUGGUCAGGCUGAGAAAGAGUUUAAAGUGGAGUUAGCAGUAAUUGGGCGGGUAAAACACAAAAACCUCGUCAAGUUGUUGGGUUACUGCGUGGAGGGAGCUUACCGGAUGCUUGUAUAUGAGUAUGUAGAAAAUGGGAAUUUGGACGACUGGCUUCAUGGACAUAUAGGAGUUAGUCCCUUAACAUGGAAUAUCCGUAUGAAUAUCAUUUUGGGAACAGCGAAAGGAUUGGCAUAUCUCCAUGAGAGUCUUGAACCGAAGGUUGUCCAUCGAAAUAUAAAAUCGAGCAACAUACUACUUGAUCGUGAAUGGAAACCUAAGAUGUCUGAUUUUGGGCUGGCUAAGCUCUUGGAUUCUGAGAACACUCAUGUGACAACUCGCGUGAUGGGAACACAUGGUUAUAUUGCACCUGAAUAUGCUUGGACUGGUAUGUUGAAUGAGAAGAGUGAUACCUAUAGCUUUGGAAUACUUAUAAUGGAGAUAAUUUCUGGAAGAUGCCCUGUUGACCAUAGUAGACCGGAUGGAGAGGUGAAUUUGAUUGAUUGGUUGAAGACAAUGGUUGAAAAUAGAAAAUCCGAAGAAGUUGUGGAUCCAAAGCUACCUGAGAUGCCUUCUUCAAAAGCACUCAAACAUGUCCUGUUGGUUGCCCUUAUGUGUGUAGAUCCUAAUGCUUCAGAAAGACCCAAAAUGGGACAGGUGAUCCACAUGCUUGAGGAAGUUGACCUUCUAUUACGACAUGAAAGCAGAUUUGAUAGAGAACAUACCCGUGCCCAUCGUGAUUAUAAGCAACAGAAUCAUCAAUCUUUCAACCUUAGGUGAUGAUUAAGCAAAUUUGGUGCAGCUGCUUCUAACACAAGUGAAAAGAGACAUCGGUAGAAAAUGUAUACUUUUUCGUCACUGUAACAUUAAAACAACGAAAUUAAAAUCUUUAUAACCAUGAAUAAGUGGAACCUGUAAAAUUUAUAGAGCAUUGUGUAACUAUUCUCAUCAUCCAUUCAUGAUUGAGAACUGAUUAAAGAUCAACUUUGGGCUUUUCACUGUGUUGUUUAUGAGUAGUGCAGUUAUUGUUGAAGUUUGGGGAUCCGUUGAGAAACUGAAUUUUGGGACUUUCUUUGUACUUAAGCUUUAUAUGAUUUGUUGACAUAGGCGGUUCGAGCUUAUUCCUGAUCUUCGGCA